AUGAAUAUAUCCAUACCAAUUGUUCUAUUACCAUUUUACUGUAAAAUAUUAUUUGAUAUAGAUAUUGUUCAUUCAUAUUAUGUUACAGUCAAUAUAGAUAGAAAAGCUACUAAUUCUGAUCGGACUUACAUGAUUACCAAUAAAAAAACCGAUGAAUUAUGUCCUGAUGGCUACAGCAAGUAUAUUGCUGAGAGGCCUGAUUGCUUUUCUGUUGGAGCUGUUAGAUUCAGAAACGAGUCAAUAAAAAUAAAUGAAAGUGAAAUAGUGUUACAUUACGUGUAUGGAAUCGAAUCUUACUGGAAAUUUAAUACACCUAUAAUGAUCAGAUUCAUUAAGUAUCAUGGUUGGUAUACUAGGGUUUACCCGGCGUAUGUCCUGACAAAAUCAGGCAAAUGGAAGGCGCAAAACACUUAUUAUUAUGACAAGGGGAUAACUAAGGGUAAAUUAAGAUUAAUUCUGGACGACGUCGCGGCCGAGGUAAACGAAAUAAUUGAGUCUGAGAAGAGCAAGGAGAAAGAAGACGAGGGGGAAGUAGUGACUAGGGAGUUUAAACUAUUCGAAGGCGAUAAAUUAAGGAAAAAAAAAUCUGGGUUUUCGAGCAACGAUAUAUCUUAUUUGUCAUUUUUUCUUCCGGUGCUCUACACCUUUUUGUCCCACAUUUAG